AUGUUUGCUGUCCCCGGUUGGGCUGUCCCUGCCAGCUCUCUCGUCCAGGAGCAGAGCUCAUCAUCCACCAAAACAGAUUCUUCCUCCCUCGGAAGCGCAACUUCUGCCUCAAACAAGAGAAAGAGUGCACGUGCCCAUACCGGCCGCGUCUCCAAGGUCUCCGGCAGCGAACUUGACCGAUUAUGGAAUCAACAGAACGGAUUGAAACAGGCUCACAAGGCUGACAAUCAGAGUCGGCCAAAACACGCCAGUAAGGAAGAGCAACCUGCGAAGAAGACAAAUCAUGACACAAGAGAUAAAAAGCCCUUGCGCUCCCACGAUGUCUUGAGUAGUGACAACUCUUCCGAAAAGGGGCCUAAGGCUAAAACCAGGGACAAGAAACACCGCCCUUCAGAUGCGAACAUCGCGCAAGGGCAAGAGCGCAGGGAGAACAGAAAAGAGAACGCCGGUAGAAAUGAGACCCAUUCGACGAAAGCCUCCGAGGCUGUGGCAUCCCCAUCUAGAAUACUGGAGAAACUUCCACCGGUUCCCUCGUCAAUCACCAAGCUGACGCCUUUGCAAGCUAAAAUGCGCAGCAAGCUGACCUCUGCCCGCUUCCGCCAUCUCAACGAGACCUUGUACACCACGACCUCCUCCUCAGCCAUGGACCUCUUUGCUGCUUCCCCCGACCUCUUUGCUGAGUACCACGCCGGCUUUUCCCAACAAGUCAAGGACUCUUGGCCUCAGAAUCCGGUUGAUCAGUACAUCAAAAACGUCAAAACCCGCGGGACUCUAACAAACCCGUCUGCCAACAAGACCAACCCACUCCCUCGCCGCAAGACUGGAUCCUGUACCAUCGCCGACCUUGGCUGCGGCGAUGCCCCACUUGCUCGUGGCUGUCAAUCUGUCAUCAAGUCCUUGAAGCUCAAGUUCCACAAUUAUGACCUGCACACACCGAAUUCACACGUCACCAAAGCUGAUAUCUCCAAUUUACCCUUGAGGGACGGCGAAGCUGAUAUUGCGGUCUUUUGCCUGAGUUUGAUGGGCACUAACUGGGUGUCCUUCGUGGAGGAGGCUUGGCGCAUACUACGGGGAGACGGCAAGGGCGAAGUCUGGGUCGCCGAGGUCAAAUCGCGCUUUGGUCGAGUUUCUCGCGCCGCUGGAGGAGGACCUUCUGUCGUGGAAAACAGUGUUGGCAAGAGAAGAAAAAUCCAAAAUGCCAACAAAUCCUCACGGAACGACCCUGACGAUGACGGCCUCCCCACAGAGCCCCUCUUGGCUGAAGACACAACUGCUGGCUCUGGAUCUCAAGACGACACCGAUAUUUCAGCCUUUGUAAAAGUCUUCGCUCGCCGCGGCUUCCAGCUACGAGAAGACUCCGUAGACAAGACCAACAAGAUGUUUGUCAUGAUGGUCUUCGUCAAGUCUGGCAUCCCUACCGCGGGAAAACACAAGGGCCUGAAAUGGAACGGUCACGAGUAUCAGCGCCAGCCACAGUCGCAUGAGGGCAAGUCGAGGUUUGUGGGCGGGCAGUCCAGACGAGGCGCUGACGAGGACGAAGUCUCCCCCAUGGAGGAGGCUAAGGUCCUGAAACCUUGUGUAUACAAAACAAGAUGA